GUGGGCUGGAGAAAACAAGCUGCAGAAAGAAAAAGAAAGUUUUUCUGGUGCAUGCCUAAAAUGUGAUCUGUGGGUUCCUUCCCCCCCCAACUAUAAUGCACCUGCCUAAUUGAAGUGCAUUAUUUCCAAUCAUGUCCCAGAAGAUUAUUUUUCUUUCUUCAAUUAGUGCUUUUCAAUAACAGCGACAACACAUUCACCACUUUUGCUUUAGCGCUGGAGUUUUGAAGCAGUGCCUGUGAUCUUUGGGUUGAAGCCAUGCAAAAUUUGUAACAAGUGGGUCAGGCAUUUCAUACUUGGCUUAAAAACCCCCUCAACCCCAAGAAGGAGGGGAGGGGAAGAGAGUAAGAGAGAGUGUGUGAACACAGAAGAGAUCAUCCUGGAAUUUUUUUUCCCCAAGGGUCACUGCUGACAGUAUUGGGCACCUUAGUGCUUGAAUAUCAAGCAAAGGAAGAAGUAGAGAAGAUCAAGCUUAGGGAAAGAUAUUUGUCAUUCACUAGUUUUAUAGAUAAACACCUACCUUUGGAGAUUAUGUUUCCUUCUUCUUGUUGUACUUCUUCUCCUGGAUGUGGCUGAAGGCAAACCAGCUAUUUUCAUCAACUGACAUUCAAGAAAAAGUUUUGAGACUAUGUUUUUCUUUCUCACAAUUUUUUUACUCGUGGUUUUUAAAAUCCACUUGGUGAGCCUGUCUUCUCUGGAGCCCUGGAGCUGUCCAAGAGGACAUCAGACGUGGAAGGAAGAUGUGUCUUGCAGAGAUCCUAUACCAUUCCUCGUUUUGAGCCAAGGAAAUGCCAUCUUCAGGAUAGAUACAGAGGGAACUAAUCACAAAAGACUGGUGGCUGAUGCUGGCUUGUUCACAUUAAUUGAUUUCCAUUAUGAAGAACAACGUCUUUACUGGGUAGACAUUGAAGAAGGAUUUCUCCAGCGAGUGUACCUGAAUGGUUCAAACCGAGAGACACUUCGCUAUGUAGAAAAAGAUGCUUCUGGACUUGCAGUGGAUUGGAUAAACCAUGACAUUUAUCUAGCUCAUUACCAAGAGGCCAUCAUUGAGGCCAUCAACUUGGAUGGAAACUCUUCCCAAAUCCUUGUAAAAGAUGACAAUCAUCCCACAAGCAUUGUUGUUGAUCCCAACAAAAGGUUUCUGUUUUGGUCUUCUGAAGGACCUUUUGAUAGCAUUUACAGAUCAGUUCUGAAUGGAGAAGAAGUGAGGAGAAUUCUAAGGAGCACUCGGAAAAUUAAAAGCAUCUCCCUAGAUUUUCUUGACUGGAGGCUCUUCUGGAUUCAGGAUGAUGAUGAUGAAAUUUCUCAUGUCGGAGCCUGUGAUUAUGAUGGUGGUUCAGUCAAUUUACACAAGCAUAUCAUACGAAGCCAUGUCUAUGGUAUAUUUCUUUUUGCUGACCACAUAUACUAUUCUGAUUCUGCAACUGGUACUAUCCGGAGAGCCAAUAAAUACACGGGAAAAGAUAUUGUUGCAAUUAACCUGGAACCAUUGUUUUCCCAAUCUUCUAAGCUAUCAGCGGUGGUGCAUCCAUUCAAACAGCCUGGAAUAAAGAUGGAUGUUAAAGCACAUGCACAGAGAACCUGUCUUUCAAACAGGGAAAACUGCAAGACACGCAGCUGCAAGCAAGGCUCCAAGAUGAGAUGAUGUAAAUGUAUGAGAGGGUUUACCUUAAGUAAAAAUAGAAAAAUUUGUGAAGAUAUCAAUGAAUGUGCACUGUGGAACCAUGGCUGCACUUUAGGCUGUGUUAAUAUCCCUGGCUCUUAUUAUUGUACAUGUCCAAGAAAUUUUAUUCUAUUGCCUGAUAACAAAACUUGUCAUGAAUUAAUACCCUGUACCAGCAAUUACAUUCACUGCAGCCAUGGCUGUCACCAGGCAGCUGAAGGGCCUGUUUGCUUUUGUCCUGAAGGUUCAGUUAUCCAAGCAGAUAGAAGGACAUGUUCAGGUUGUACAUCUCCUGAUAAUGGUGGCUGCAGCCAGAUCUGCACUUCUUUGAGUCCAACAACUUGGAAAUGUGAAUGCUUUCCUGGUUUUAAUCUCCAGGAGGAUGAAAAACAUUGCACUGCUGCAGGACCCAAGCCAUUUCUCUUGUUUGCAAACAACCAAGACAUCCGCCGCAUUGCUUUUGAUGGAACACAUUACUCACGUAUAAUCGACUGGCAGAUGGGAGUAGUCUUAGCUCUGGACUAUGACCCUAUUGAAAAUAAGAUUUAUUUUGCCCACAGAGCUUCGAAAUGGAUAGAGAGAACUAAUCUGGAUGGCACAGAUCGAGAAAAAGUUAUCCGCGAAGCAACCCAGAGACCUGAAGGGCUCGCUGUGGACUGGAUUAACCGCAAAUUGUAUUGGACUGAUCCUGGGAAGGCCCACGUUGAAAGCAGCAACCUCAAUGGAAUGGAGAGGGAAAUUGUGAUCCAGGAGGAUUUGUCUCACCCGCAAGGAAUUGCUGUUCACCCAUUCACGGAGGAGCUAUUUUGGAUUGAUCUAGGGGUGAAUCCACGGAUUGAAAGGUCUUCCUUGCAAGGCUCUGAUCGUCUCACAAUAGUUCAUUCCGACUUGCUCUGGCCCAGUGGAAUUACUAUUGAUUACCUCACUGCCAGGCUAUACUGGUGUGAUGCCAAGAAGUCUGUGACUGAAAUGGCAAAUCUUGAUGGUUCUCAACGGCGCAUCCUCACACAGAAUGAUGUAGGUCAUCCAUUUGGCAUAACAGUGUUUGGGGACAAUGUUUGGUUCUCUGACUGGAGUAGGCCUUCAUUAUUGAGAAUAGACAAGUCGACAGGACAAAAUAGGAUACGUCUUGGAGGCAGCAUGCUGAGGCCCUCGUCACUGACUGUUGUUCAUCCUUUAGCAAAACCAGGCUAUAUGUUCAUGCUGAAGAAUGGUCUGUCAAUAAACAAAACAUCAGAGUUCAGAACCCUCUACCAACACCCUCUGAGUAACAAUGCAUAUGGACACAGCACUGGAGAUGAGCUGCAAAUGAAACAGAUGCUGACUGCUGAAAUUGUGGUGUCCAACCAGGAUAUUUGUACAUGGUUGGGAUGCGAUGUCAAUGCCCAGUGCAUUUCAAACAAAGAUGGUGCUACUUGUCAAUGCCAGACAGGGUUCACCAUGGAAGACAAUUUGUGCUAUGAUGUUGAUGAAUGUACUUUCAGCAUGGACAGAUGCAAUCGAAGCUUGUCAAGGUGCAUCAAUACUGAAGGCAGCUACUUUUGUGAAUGCCUUGUGAGAUAUAUUGAAGAUGGCCUUCAUUGUUCUGAAUCUGCCACCUCUCCUACCACUGCAACCAAGGAUCAAUCCACAUUAUCUGAACGAGAGAGUUCUGUUGACUGCCCACCAUCCUACUGUUUCCAUGAGGGAAUAUGUGUUUAUUUGUCCGAUCUGCAAGCUUUCACCUGCAAUUGUGUGAAAGGCUACCUGGGGGAGCGCUGUCAGUUCAGUGACCUGGAGUGGUGGGAGCAGCAACAUGCAAUGCAGGUGAAGAUGCAGAACAUUGCCACUGCUGUCUGCUUGACUGUGUUGUCUGUGGUGGUCCUCCUCGGGAUUGGUGCCAUCUACUGCUACAGUAGACAACCGAAGUUUUACAAGAAGGAACCUUGUGCAGAAGCAAGCAGCACCACCGCCAGCGUUAGUGUUGACAGUGACAACACACAGCUCCCAGCACGCAAGUCACCGUUAAUUGUUGCAAUGGAAUGUGAUGAUAAUCACAAAGAAAGAGCCCCAGGAAGAACAGACUGUUAUACAGAAGAUCUUGGUUAUUUCUGCCUCUCAGAACACUCACAGUGAGCAGUGGAAAUGACUGCUGCCAGAGGAAGUAGCGGAUCAUGCCUCAGUCUCCAGUUAAACAGAAGUAUGGUUUGAUUCACACAGUGACCUUCAGCUGCUUCACUGGAAGGGCACCCUAAAGACACUAGGAACUAACUCCCCUCCCCCCCCCACUGCCCCCAACUCCACAUAGCACACAGUUUGGCUGAACUGAGUUAGGAAAUCUGAGGGCUUACUAACUGACUGUAAUUUGUGAACUCCGGAAAUAGUGUCUAAACGACAAUUUUGAAAACAUCAGAACAAAUACCAUUCUUGCCCAUUCAGGCUACAGGUGUUUGACGUGUUGGAAGAAUGCAAGAUCCAUGUCCUUUCUGCAUAUGUUACUACAUUAUUUGUAGCACAUAAAAGGCCAGCCAUGCUCACUUCAGCUGACAGAUAAAUGGAUGAUGGGGAGGAGAACUUAGCAGUGAUGGUACACAGGCUGGAGAAAUGGUUUUUCUGGACUACAGUUGUACUCGACCUGGAGGAUUCUGGGAGUCCAAAAAAUUAAUGAUCCCAAUUCUGGGUGGUUGUGGCUUAUAUGAAUUACCAUCUGAAUUAUUUUACUGUAGCCAUUUUCUGCAGACAUGCAACAUGAAAAAGUUACAUUCACUUUGCAAGAACAUCAGUUCUCUGUAUAUUGUAUUAACUUUGCUAGCGUCUCUGACAUGAAGAGUAGUUCUUUUCUGGAAAUGACCAUAGUGUAGCUGUGAGGCUGUUUGUGAAGGAAGCAGCUUCAUGUAUUGCAUAUAAUUGUAUAAAUAAUUGUAGAAAGUCCCGGGGCCUACUAGGAAUUAUUAACAAUCUUUGGGUGGUUUAUCAAAAACUGAAGGCGAGAGAGUCUUCAACAGUCAUUAAAUCUGUACUACAGGCAUCUUUUUUUAAAACUGCAAGAUGUGUGUUCUGUGUCAUCAAAUCAGAACUGACUUACAGCAAUCCUGACAGGGCUUUUAAGGUAAGUGAGAUUUUAUGGAGUGGUUUUAUCAGUUGCAUUCCACCAGUGAGUCUCCAUGAGCAAGUGGGGAUUUGAACCCUGUUCUCCAGAGCCCUAGUCCAUUACUCUGUCCACUGUACCACAUUGGAAAUCCCAAUAUAGAAUUGUUUUGCACUGGAAAUCAACAUGGCUUAUUGUUCUCAUUGUUCCAUGUGGGCUGAAGCCAUUGGUCACCUGAUUCCAGUCUGAAAACUUCAACAGUUCUCAGCAUUUGUCAGAGUUGUUGUCACCUCAGUUCUUACUGAAUGCUUUAUGAACCAAAUUACUUGCUUGCCCAUGAGGAAGAUGGGAGAAUGAAAACAAAAAUUUAAAAAAUGUGAUUAAAAAUUGU